GGGCCGGACUCACACUCACACUCAGGCUCGCACUCGCCCUCCCGCACUUGCCCGCACGCCCCUCGCACCAUUGUCCCCGCCCGCCCGCUCCGCUUUUAUCGGGGUGUUUUGUUCGCUCUCCGGCGCGGGGCUCGGCGCGCCCGCCCGCGCCGCGCCGGAGCGGCACAUUCAUUAUCGGCCGGGGGCUGAUUUCAAACCGCUGCCAUCGCGGCUCCAUUGUUCGCCGGGCGGCCAGGCCCCGCCCCCCUUUGUGUGCCGCGGCGGCGAUUGGCCGGCGCCGGGCGGAGGGCUGCCGUCACCGCUCGGGAAGCCCAUUCAUCUGUGCACUUGGGCGUUGGACUCCGCAUCUUAUUAGCAACCAGGGAGAUUUCUCCAUUUUCUCCUUGUCUACAUAUUUAUACCAACCCAACGCUCUUUGUUUCCCCUCCUUUUGGAUCUGUUGAGUUUCUUUGUUGAAUAAGACAGCAUGGGUGCCCAGUUCUCCAAGACCGCUGCAAAGGGCGAAGCCGCCGCCGAGAAACCUGGGGAAGCAGUGGCCGCAUCUCCGUCCAAGGCGAAUGGACAGGAGAACGGCCACGUGAAGGUGAACGGCGACGCCUCCCCCGCGGCGGCGGAGGCGGGCAAGGAGGAGGUGCAGGCCAACGGCAGCGCGCCCGCCGAGGAGACGGGCAAGGAGGAGGCGGCCUCGUCGGAGCCCGCCUCCGAGAAGGAGGCGGCCGAGGCGGAGAGCACCGAGCCGGCCUCCCCGGCGGAGGGCGAGGCCUCCCCCAAGACUGAGGAGGGCGCGACCCCCUCGUCCAGCAGCGAGACCCCGAAAAAAAAAAAGAAGCGCUUUUCCUUCAAGAAGUCCUUUAAGCUCAGCGGCUUCUCCUUCAAGAAGAACAAGAAGGAGGCCGGCGAGGGGGCCGAGAGCGAGGGCGGCGCCGCCGCGGCGGCGGAGGGCGGGAAGGAGGAGGCGGCGGCGGCGGCCCCCGAGGCGGCGGGCAGCGAGGAGGGUAAGGCCGCCGCCGAGGAGGCCUGCGCGGCCGCCGCCGGCAGCGCCGAGGCGGCGAAGGAGGAGGCGGGGGACUCGCAGGAGGCCAAAUCGGACGAGGCCGCCCCCGAGAAGGCGGCGGGAGAAGAGGCCCCGGCGGCGGCUGAGGAGCAGCAGCCGCAGCAGCAGCAGGCGGCAGCGGAGGGGAAGGCGAAGGCGGAGGAGGCGGCGGCCGGCGCCGCUACGAGCGAGGCGGGCAGCGGAGAGCAGGAGGCGGCCCCCGCGGAGGAGGCGGCGGCGGGGCGGCCGGAGCCCCCCUCCGAGAGCAGCCCGGAGGGACCCGCCGCCGAGUCGGCGGAGUAAGCGCCGCCGCCGCUCGCCCCUCGCCGACGGACUUUUUUCUUCCCCCCCUGUUUGUUUGUUGGAGUGGUGCCAGGUACUGGUCUCGGAGAACUUGUCUACAACCAGGGAUUGAUUUAAAAGAUGUCUCUUGUUUCUUUUUUUUUUUUUUUUUUUCUCUCCCCCCCGCCCCCUCCUCCCUCCCUCAAACCCCCUCCUCAAAGCUCCCAUCUCAAAUCGUUGUGUGUUGCCGCCAUUCCAACGGGCGGAGGGGGGACCCCCUCCGCCCUCCUCUCCCACCCUCUAUAUUUUGGUCUUUUUUUUUCCCUUUGUUUUUUUUUUUUUCAUCAGUAUUAAUGUUUUGUUUUGGUUGGUUCGGGUUUUUUUCGGUUUCUUUUUUUAUUAUUUUUUCAGAUUUUUUUUUUUUUUUCAUACUUUGCAACUCUUCAUAUUAUAAAACUUUUCCCGAUCGGUCUAUGGACAUGCCCAUAAUAUGAAGGAGAUGGGUGGGUCAAUAAGGGAUAUCAAAUGAAGUGACAGGGGCCGCAGUGGGGAACCCCGGGGCGCGCAGCCCUUGCCCGGGAGCACUCCCCGCCAGAAAAUGAUGUAAGGGGUUAGUCUUUUUUUUAAAAGAAAGUUAUUACGAUGUAUUUUGUGAGGCAGAUGUUCUAUAAGGUUUACAACACUACAAGUCUUGAUUAAGAAGGAAAGGAAAAAGGAAAAAAAAAUAAAAAUAAAAAUCAAUACCCAGAUAAAGAGAUCAUAGUCUUAGGAAUUCAUUUAAACCAUAGGAACUUUUCACUUAUCUCAUGUUAGCUGUAUCAGUCAGUGAUUAAGUAGAAAUACAAGUUGUAUAGGCUUUAUUGUUUAUUGCUGGUUUAUGACCUUAAUAAAGUGUAAUUAUGUAUUACCAGCAGGGUGUUUUUAACUGUGACUAUUGUAUAAAAAAAAAAAAAACAAAAACAAAUCUUGAUAUCCAGAAGCACAUGAAGUUUGCAACUCUUUCCACCCUGCCCAUUUUUUGUAAAACUGCAGUCAUCUUGGACCUUUUAAACACAAAUUUUAAACUCAACCAAGCUGUGAUAAGUGGAAUGGUUACUGUUUAUACUGUGGUAUGUUUUUGAUUACAGCAGACAAUGCUUUCUUUUCCAGUUGUCUUUGAAAAUAAAGGAAAACUCUUCAGAUGCAAUGUUUUUUUUUGUGUAGCAUCUUGUCUAUCAUGUUUUUUGUAAAUACUGGAGAAGCUUUGACCAAUUUGACUUAGAGAUGGAAUGUAACUUUGCUUACAAAAAUUGCUAUUAAACUCCUGCUUAAGGUGUUCUAAUUUUCUGUGAGCACACUAAAAGCGAAAAAUAAAUGUGAAUAAAAUGUAUAAUUUGGUUGUCUUUCUUUUAUGGAUACUCUGGUAGCUUAAAGGGACUAGCCAGUAUUGCCUAAACUUGUAUAGAGAAAGUCAUGUGUGCUGUUAGCACUAGCUUUGAAAACUACCUUCCUAGGUCCUGGACUCUGUAAUAACUGUGCAUCUGUUAGAGAAAUUGGGCAGGUCAUUUGUAGGCUUUUUCUGGCUCUAAAAAGAAGACUGGAAGGCAGUCUGAGCGUGUACAGUGUAUGGUUCUCUUGUCCAGGCUCCAUCUUGCUUUUAAGACCAGAGGUAUCCAGCGUAUAUGAGUCUUGCCUCUUGAGGAAAAUAAGAUUUAAUUUGAAUCGCUUAGGGUGGGGCACUGAAAUUUUCAUGCCGAGUUGCUUAAAAAUUAAGCUCUUGAACGGACGUCCCACUUAACGUCUUGGUAUGCUGGUCCUACUUAGGUACUGAGACGAUUCGCUUGAAAACUUGAGCCUGGAGGGAGAAAGGGGGAAUUAACACUGCCAUUUUGCUCAAAGUAAUCAAAAGCAAUAUUUUCUUUUUUUUUCCUCAAGUGCUAUUCCCAAGUACAGGUGAGUUACAAAACAGAUUUCGAAAUUUGUCUAUAAAAAUAAUCACUUGGUGCUUGCCUUUAAUUGUUAGGCUUUUUUGGCUAAUUUCCAGCAUAUUGCUCAGGGCAUAUUAUGCCUUAAUAAAACAGUGGGCUCAUGCAAGAAAAAGCGGCAGUGGUAUUUGGAGGGUGGAAAUUGAUUCAAGAAAGUGUUGCUUCUAAGUUUAUAGGAGAAAGUUUAGUGUUACACUUAUUUGCUUCCACCUAAAUUUUCAGCAGAAACUCUUUGGAAGCAAUUAUGAUUCAUUUUAUGAGAAAAUGGCACGUUAGCACCUUGUUCCCUAAAGAACAAAGCCUAAAUUGAAUGAAGUAUAGUAGAUUUCCUGCUGAAUGCGUACUUUUUUUUGUUUGUUUUUUUUUUCUUUUUUCUUUUUUUUUAAUUCAGCUGUCUACCAUUUUAACUUUGGCUUGUAUGUACUCUAGUUGCCCUGGUAUUUCUCUAUAGCUUUAGAAAUGUAUUGAAACUAUGCUAUAAUUGCUGAGGGACAAAAAUAAAUGGAUGUAAAACAAGAUCCUCCACACCAGUGUCAUUCUUGGAGUACAUGUGUUUGAAGUCUAGUGCAUAACUGCUUUGCUAAGGGGUUUUUAUAACAUGGCUGUAAAAACCUGUUCUGAGACGCAUGAUGUCUUGGCCAUAGAGUCAAUGUCUCUUUUUAAUAAAU